AUGAAGAUGAGAGCUCAUAUUUUGCACUGCUUUGUAACUGAGAUGCAAUUCGCACCGAAACGGUUGAAGAACCCUGUUCGGAACUUUGAAGGUCUGUUCAGGAUAUUAGCUCUGGCCAGCACCAAAUUCGGUAUUGCAUUGUGCGCAGUGUUGGUUGUUCUGGCAUGCGGUCUCACUGCUGCUCGUCUGCGUCUAUGGAAGGAUACUUCUGCUCAUGAGGAAGAAGACGAUGGAGAGGGAGGUGAAGAAGACAUCACUGUUGUUGUUAUUGAGGAGGAUAAUGAGGAAAUCAAAAGUAUCAAAGACCCUGAUGAUGUAACAUACGCUUCACAACAGUAA